AAUAUAGCUAUAACCCAAAUCAGAUUGGAAUGAAAUAAAAUUGAAUUUUGUUGAAGGCUUGGUGCCUUGGUUUCUCUUCUCCUACCUAUUCUCUGUUCUCUCCCCUAACCUCCCUCGUUCUAAUUCUCCCUUCUACAGCUAAAAACACCUCCGUUUCUUCUAAAACCAUUAUGCUUUCUUAAUCUCUCAACACUCCCAAACCCACCCUAAUCAUACUCUCACCAACUGUUGCUCUGUGUUGCAUCAACAGCGGUCUUGGAGACUACCGAGGAGCUCUCAGAGUGGCAGUUGCCAUCCAUAAUUUUCACGAUAAUGGUGCUGCUAGGUGGGUAAUUUUAUUAACAAUUGAACAAUGGCCGAUAGCAUGAAGCAAUUCCAGAAAAUCUUAAUUGAGCAUGAGACUCAAGCUGAGCACCUCUUUCUAGCUAAACACCAGCUGGUUGAAAAUGAUAGGGUGAGGAAUGGGAACAGAGAAGCACUUACAUCUUUGAGGAAGAUAGCUCGAACAACAAAAACUAGUGUUCCAUCUCCUUUUGAGUCGAUGAUGAAGGAGAUUGGAGGAGCUCAAUCAAGACCUCUGGUGAAGGAGGUAUGCCCCACUUGUGGCAACCAUGACUCAAAUGAGCGCACAUGGAUGAUGUUCCCUGGAACUGAUGUCUUUGCAAGGAUUCCAUUUCAUGCUGCACAUACCAUCUUGGAGAAAGAUCAAGAACAACUCGACUUUGAUUCCAGAAGGCUACAGAGCACCAUGAAGGAGAAAUCUCUUGUGCUUUCAGAAACAGGAGCCCUUGCUGACAAGAUCUGUCCUGGUGUGCUGAAAUCCUUGGUGAACCUGACAGACAAACCUAGCUGAGUUUACGCAGCUUGAUUCAAUAAUAUUCACUUUCAGUUUACCCUCAUCCACUCCAAUUGCACCGCACCCUAAGGGGAAAGGAACAAAAAUAUCUCCCCUAUAGCAUCAGUAGCAUAGCUUGUGUGAAGAUUAGUGUUCUAAUUUUUCAAGUCUUUGCUACUCCUACCGCACCUAAUGUCAGCAUUCACGUAAGAUGGGGAUUGAAUAUAAUGGAAAUGGUAGAUAUUGUCACAUACCUAGUAUAUGUGGCAGUUUGAAAACUU